AUGGACACUGAAGCUGGUGGCAUCACAUCUCCCGAAGAAGGGUGCCUCAUGCCAACUGAGUACCUGAAGGUGGGGAACGCCACGUGUACGACCCUGGCCCUUGUAGGUCUGAAGGAGUGUGGCCUCCACCAGGAGUCUAGCCAGCUCGCUCUCAAGGCCGUCGGGGGUCUGGAGGUCCUCCUCAACAUACUCAGGACUCGAAAUCUGCGCUGCAAUAUCGGGGCCCUGCAAGUACUGGAAUCUGCGUGUGGACACAUCACUACCAGGAACACCGUAUACAAACUAGGUGGUAUACAGGUACUGCUAGGUCUGGUUGGGCACACUGUUGUACAGGUGCGCGGCCUGGCAGCGUCUGUGCUUGCCCAGGUGUGCGCUCUGCCCUCCGCCCGCUCCGCUCUCAUCAGGGACAACGGCAUCCCACCCUUGGUGAAGCUCCUCCGCAUGGACACCAACACCCUCCUCGGCAACCACGACGCGGCCAUGGCGGUGGAAGGGGCGGCCAGGGCUCUGUGGGCGUGCAGCGUGUCCCGGGCGGGGCGAACGGCACUGCUGCGCGCUGGCGGGCUGGAGAUGGUGGGCGGCCUUUUGGGCGUGGCGCGUCCUAGCCUCCUGGUCCCGGUCGUGGGCGUCCUUCACCAGUGCGUGGCUGAGGCUGUGUUCCGAGAGCGCGUCGAGUCCGCCGGCUACACGUCCGCCCUGGUCAAGCUGCUGCACUCGCCGACGCCGCAGCUGCAGAUCCUCGCCACGAAGGCCAUAGCCAGGUGCUCCGUGCUGGAGGCCACGAGUUCCCGCCUGGUGCGCGAGGGCGGCCUCGAAAUGCUUGUCAACAUGCUGCGGCGGGAGGCCAGGACCUACGUCGACGUCCUCAUCGAGAAGGACCUCGCCUUCGCCAGGGAGUACGGGCUGGUGAUCGACGCCCCUGGGGUCCCUCGGUCCAGGAAGGCGUCCAUGAUGCCUGACGGCGCGGGGCGCGAGGGCGCGUCUCUGCUGGAGGCGGGUCCUGAGGGCGCCACGUCAGCCCCCGAGGGUGCCGGCGACGCAUCCAAGGGCGCUCCAGUCGACGUCACAGGGCACGAGCAGGAUCGCCAGGAGUCGUCGCCCUCGCGCCAGAGCUCCACCAAAGAAGGCCAGGACGCGGACGACCUACAGAAUGACCCACUGAGCGUGGCGGGCGAGGGCGAGGGAGGCGCGGCCGAAGGCGGGAACAGUGAUCUCCUGGAGGCCGUGGCUGAGGCCAUGUGGCACGUGUCGUCCCUGCCCGAGCACGUCGUCGUGGUCAAGGAGCUGACGGCUGUGCCCGUCCUGGUGGCGCUGCUGCAUCACAACGACGAGAAGGUGCUGACGAGCGUGGUGGGGGGCCUCGGCGAGGCGGCCGGCGACCCUGACUGCUGCACGAUCCUCCUGAGGGGCGGGGGCGUCACCACGCUCAUCCAGCUCCUCCGAAGGACGUCGGACAAGUUGCUGCUGAACGUGACACGCGCGCUGGGGGCUUGUGCUGCCGACGAGGAGGCCCUCGAAGCGCUCCUGCAGCAGGACGGCUUGCGCCUCCUGUGGUCUCAUCUCAAGAACCCCAACUGCCGCGUCCAGGCCUCCGCUGCCAACGCCAUCUGCACCUGCCUCCAGCAAGAGUCGGAAGACCUUGCGGAAGUCGUGAGGAGCUUGGUGGGCGGCAUCGAGCUCCUGGUGUCCCUGCUGGAGAGCGAGAGCGAGGCCGUGCUGUCCGCCGUGUGCGCCGCCAUCGCCAGGAUCGCCAGAGACCCUCAGAACCUCGCCAUCAUGACGGACUACGGCGCCGUCACGUCCCUCUCCAAGCUCGCCGUCAGGGUUUGGAACUGUCCUCGUGAGGGAUCGGAGAGUUCCUGCACCCGACGACGCAAGGAGAACGACAGCCUGAGGCCCUACCUGGCGGAGGCGAUCGCGGCGUGCUGCGUGUCAAGGGAAACCGGGCUCCUCUUCGGGCAGGCGGGCGCCGUGGCUCCGCUCGUGCAGUACCUUGAGACGAACGACAGCACCAUCAGGAGGCCCACCUGCAGGGCGCUUCACCGGCUGUCGCUCGAGCCGGAGAACUGCGUCACUCUGCACCAGAGCGGCGCCGUCCCUCUCCUCCUCGAGAUGUUGGGCUCCGAGGACGAGGUGGUGCAAGAAGCGGCCGCCGACUGCCUGAGGAACAUCCGGCUGCUGGCUCUGCAACGUUGCAAAGCCCAAGGCCGUGCCAGCAGGUCCACGCCGCGGGGCAACCACAGCUCGAGGCGAUAGCUGGGGAGAGGAAGAAAACAGAGAGAGAUAAAUGAGUGGACAAAUGGAUCGAAAUAAAAAAAAAAAAAAAAAGGAAUUAAAAAAAUAUAUAUAUGUGAAUAAAUAAAAGGCGAUUUGACGUGGGACAAAACGUUGUUGAAAAUCGUUCUAAAAGACCAAAAAGGACUCCGGUACGAGGUCUUGUGAUUCUCGAAGGACGCCGGGAAGUGGAGAGUCCCAAGAGGCCGUCUUGAGAAACGUGAAGACCCUUGAGUGAAGAAUGAAUGGGACGGAAGGACGCUGAAGAAGGUGCAGGGGAAGGGGACGGCGCUGUGAUACGAAUGGGGCAACGUGUAGGGCACUUUGCAGUGUUCUUUCUCUCUCUCUCUUUCUCUCUCUCUCUCUCUCUCUCUCUCUCUCUCUCUCUCUCUCUCUCUCUCUCUCUCUCUCUCUCUCUCU